AUGGGUUCCAUUCCAAAGUUCUACACUAAUUAUGCAUUUUCUGAUGAUUUUUCUCAGUUUCCAAAUCCACAGACAGUUCCCCAAGAAAAUUAUACAGCUGGUGCUGAUGGUGCAAUAAUUCCUGGUUCAACAUGGGGUGAAGAAAUCAGUUUUCCAAUGCUUUUAGACAACGGCGGGAUCGAUGUUUUUCAACAAGAUUAUAAUCUAACAGCUCCGGUCCCGAAAGCAUUGUUUCCCGAAGUAAUCGGGAUUUCGUCAGACUUCGAUGUCCCGACAGCAUUGCCUCAUCAAAAUAACGUUGCUGCAGGCUUUUGUGGCAUUAAUGGAACCAUCCCAAAUUUUGGUGGAAGAUAUCAAUUGCAAGAUGUCUAUGAGUUUGGAGAAGAAUGCACUGGAUUUUUUCAGCAGGAAUCCAAGCCAGUUGAUCCAAGAAUGGGACAAAAUUGGGGAAUUCAAGGGAAUCGAAUUCGGCCGGCCAUGGAAGAAAGCAAUCUUAAGGUUGGUCGGUAUUCGGUAGAAGAGAGGAAAGACAGAAUUCUUAGAUACUUGAAGAAGAGAAAUCAAAGGAACUUCAACAAGACUAUUAAGUAUGCUUGCAGGAAAACCCUAGCAGAUAGAAGAGUUAGAGUCAGAGGGAGAUUUGCAAGGAACACUGACCUUUUCGAAGAUCAAGAAAUGGUAUUGAAAAAGGAAGACGAGAAUUCACCUAAUGAUCACAAAGCCUUGUAUAAUUGCUAUGAAGCAGUCCAGAUGAAGCAUGAUGAGGAUGAUUGGCUGCAAGCGGCAAUGGCAAAUCUAAUGUAUUUACCAUAUAUUGCUGGUUGAUAAAUAUAUGUUAGAGGUAGCUUGUAUAUCUAAUGGAUUU